AAAAUCAGAACCCCUUACUUCUCUCCCCCAAUUUCAUUCCAUUCGCGAAUGAAGCUCUCUUCUCCGCCGUAGUUCCUGUGCGUCACCACCGUAGCUCCGCCGAUGUCCUCACCGUCGGAAGCCAUCGUGAAGAAGCUCUGCAGCGAAGGCAGAGGAAACAAAGUGAAGAAGGUAGAACGGAACAAUGACCUUCCAGAGGUAGAAAAGAACAAUGACCUUCCUUCGGAUGUGCUUGGGAUUAUUUUUAGAGAACUAGAUUUCGAUGACCUCUUCGAAUUUGCUGGAGUAUGCAAGAGCUGGAGAAUUGGUCAUAAACAUUAUUUGUCCGAUUUCAUGAAAUCUCAAUCACCUUUCAUUGUUGAAACAGCAUUACUGGCUAAUGAAGUAUGUUCUUUCCUUAGUGUACCUGAUCUGAAGAUCUAUCGCUCGACGAUGCAGUACUUAUCAAGAUUACACUAUGUUGGGUCUUCUAGUGGCUAUUUGAUCAUGGCAGGUUUUGACAAACAGAAUGAAUAUCUUUUGCUGAAGAAUCCGUUUACAAGAAGAAUGAAAAAAAUCAGUACCUCUGCCCUUGAAGGUAAGGUGAAAUUAUGGGUUUGUCGUGCAUUACUUGCUUUUGUCAAAGGUUCUGAGGAGUUUGUCAUAGUAGUUUCAGCACUCAAACAUUCUUCUUAUGGUUUACAUGUUUAUCAGUCUCGAAAUUCCUCUUGGAUUUCAUAUUCAAUAAGGGAUCGUGUUGUGGCCUUAGUGGUAUUGCACAAUACUAUAUAUGCUCUUACUUCCCAGAAAAAGAUAGGGGUGCUUAGUCUGAAUUCUGCAAGAGUAAAAUUUCUAAAUUUGAAGAAUACUCCCGAAUACCCUAUCCGUAGUUUGUUUACUUCUGAUGGGCAACUUUUAGUGCUUAAUUUUGAGCCCGGGAGAAAAUUGAAUGUGUACAAGAUAGACUUCUCAACCAUGGAAUAUGUUAAGCUCGAAACAUUGGGUGACCUAGCAAUAUUUUAUUCAUUGUACAAUUGUCAUGCAUUGAGCAACCCAGGUAGAUGGGGAUAUGAUAGCAACUCUGUGUAUUACAUUACUACCGCUCAUGGCAGACUUAAUCCAGGAUGUGAAGUGUAUUCAUGGAAUAAUGAACUGAAAAAACGAAUCACUCGUGAUGAGUUUGGAGCUCGUCCUCAAGGGAUUUCAUCACUGCUCUGGCGCGAUUGGUGUUUCCGACAUGAACAUGAUGAGGUAGAUUAUUCUCUUGUUGAUUAACCUGCUUGGUGUUUCCGACAUGAACAUGAUGAGGUAGAUUAUUCUCUUGUUGAUUAACCUGCUUAUUGGAUGGACUCCAUGCUGCUCGUGAGUUUUUUGUUUGGACAUUUAUCGAUCCGUAUUUUGCUAGUUUCUUUUGGCUCAAUUGGGAAACACUUGUCGUGUUCUCUUUCAAUUACUUAUUUACUUAUUUGACUCAAUUGGAAACACUUGCCAUGUUGUCUUUCAAUUUCUUUGCUUAGUUUGUUA